AUCAAUUGGUUCGGUCAUAUCUGUCUUAUCUUAAAUUCACGUGCGUGAGUAAAACAUUUCUCAGGCUGGUUUUCUGUUUUUUCUUUGUUUUUUUAAGAGAGAGAGAGGAGAGGAGUGGAAAGCUCAUGGCUGCACAGGAUGUGGACCAGUAUAGGCUUUCACUACUUAGAACUGAUCAGAACGACAGUAGAUUUAGUCCACAUGAUCAUGAUACUCGGAUUUCGGACCUGUCGUCGGAACAAGUGGAAGAGGUUCUGGAGAAGAAGCCUCUUCCAUUUAGAUGGUGGUUUCGGCUUGUUGCUUGGGAAACAAGGCUGCUCUGGAUACUCUCUGGAGCUGCCAUUGCUGUCUCCGAGUUCAACUACAUGCUCACCUUUGUUACCCUCAUAUUCUGCGGCCACCUCAGCGCCUUGGAGCUCGCCGGGGCCUCCGUUGCCAGCGUUGGAAUCCAAGGUCUUGCCUAUGGAAUAAUGCUGGGGAUGGCGAGUGCAGUCCAAACAGUCUGCGGCCAAGCGUACGGUUCCAAAAAAUACCAAGCAAUGGGCAUCAUAUGCCAGAGAGCCAUUGUCCUACAUUUGGGAGCUGCAGUACUGCUCACCUUCCUGUACUGGUUCUCGGGUUCGAUACUAACAGCCAUAGGCCAGUCCGACAGCAUAGCGGAGCAGGGUCAAAUUUUCACUCGCGGACUGAUCCCUCAAAUCUACGCAUUCGCGCUGAGCUGCCCCAUGCAGAGGUUUCUUCAAGCUCAGACCAUAGUGAAUCCUCUGGCCUAUAUGUCAGCUGGGGUGUUCGUCUUCCACGUUUUUCUGAGUUGGCUAGUCGUCGACGUUUUCGGGCUUGGGCUUCUUGGGGCAGCCCUUUCACUCAGCUUCUCUUGGUGGCUUCUUGUUCUUUCUAAUGGGAUUUAUAUUCUUCUUAGCCCAAGUUGUAAUCAUACUUGGACUGGCUUUUCUUGGAAAGCAUUCACCGGGAUAUGGCCUUAUUUCAAGCUCACGGUUGCCUCUGCUGUCAUGCUGUGUUUGGAGAUAUGGUACAACCAAGGACUGGUGCUCAUAUCAGGACUGCUUUCCAAUCCUACACUUUCGUUAGACUCCAUUACUAUUUGCAUGAACUACUUGAACUGGGACAUUUGUUUUAUGUUGGGCCUAGGCACAGCAGCCAGUGUCCGGGUUAGUAACGAGCUAGGAGCAGCUAAUCCAAAAGUAGCUAAAUUUUCGGUGUUUGUAGUAAAUGGAAACAGCAUCAUCAUCAGCCUGAUCUUCAGUGCAAUAGUCUUAAUUUUUCGGGUACCAUUAAGCGAGUUGUUUACAAGUGAUCCAAGUAUUAUAGAAAAAGUGUCGAACUUGACCCCAUUGUUAGCCAUUUCUAUCUUCUUGAAUGGAGUUCAACCUAUCCUCUCAGGGGUGGCCAUUGGAAGUGGAUGGCAAGCUGUGGUGGCUUACGUUAAUCUAACGGCUUAUUAUGUUGUUGGUCUUCCUAUUGGAUGUGUUCUUGGCUUCAAAACUAGUCUCGGAGUAAAUGGUAUUUGGUUGGGAAUGGUUGUUGGAGUUUUCUUACAAACAGUCACUUUGAUUAUUCUCACAGCCAAGACAAAUUGGGACACUGAGGUUAUAAAAGCAGCUGAUCGAGUAAAAAGAGCCGAAAAUGAAACGACCUUAAAUUUGGUGGUUGACGCAUAAGAAAAGAAUUAAAAUUUGUUUUUGCGAGCCAGCUUGGAGGUGAAAUAAAUUGUAAUUUACUUUAUUUCCCCUUGUAACAGUAUGGUUUCGAUAUCAAUAUAAAAGUACCUAAAAAUGGAUGGAUAAUGCUCUGGAAUGGAAACCUCUUAUAAAAUUUUCAAUAUUUAAUCAAUGAAAAUUUUGAUAAUUACCAUAUGGUAACCUUGAUAUAUUUA